AUGGACAUUUUCCAGAGCCUCCUCACGGGAGGCACGCGGUUCGACAAGAAGCGAUUCGGAGAAGAUAUGGAAUUGUUUGCAGAGAAGCGCAAUGCGGAAGCGCCACUCACUGGACCGCCAAGUGCCCGUGCAGUCCUACCGAAGGAGCUCGAUUUUUUCAACAGUCACGCAGAAGAGCGCCAAGCCGCAACAGCCCAAGCCGUAGCGCCCGAUGCAAAUAAGCCCUGCACUGACGCGCCACUGCUUCGGCGUGCUGAUUUGCAAGCUUUUCUCCGUAAAUACCAGCUCCGGCUAAAGGGGACCGACGUGCCGCUGCCGCUCGCCUCGUGGGGCGAUUUGGAGCGCCGAUGGCACGUUGCUCCGUGGCUGCGUGCGAACCUAGAGAGUGGAGGAUGGUCCGAUCCGACACCGAUUCAGCGCGGUGCGAUAAGUGUGGUGCUGGACCGCCGCGACUUGCUUGCAGGCGCGCCCACAGGCUCGGGAAAAACGCUUGCGUUUGUCCUGCCGAUCCUGCAGCUCCUGCGUGCCCACGCAAAAGUCGGCAUCCGCGCUGUGGUUGUAAGCCCGACUCGGGAACUUGCACAGCAAAUCCACGAGCAGCUACAGCGGCUCGCACAGGGCCAGGCUUUUAAAACGUGUCUCUUGACGCGCGGCGCCGUAAAAAACUCGGACGAUGAUGCACUUGCAAAGAAGAAGUUUGAUAUCCUCAUCACCACGCCGUUACGGCUCGUUCAUGCGAUCCAGCACGAGGAGCUUGAACUUUCGCACGUCGAGCAGCUGGUCCUCGACGAGGCCGAUCGUCUCUUGGAAGAUGGAUUCCUCGAACAGACCGACGAGAUCCUUGCGGCGUGUACGCAUCCGAAACUGCGCAAGGCACUGUUUAGCGCGACGCUGCAUUCUGGUGUGGAACAACUAGCCAAGACAUUCAUGGUGGACGAGUGCCGCGUACUGGCGGGCCAAAAGGAAGGCGCCACGGAUACCAUCCACCAGCAGCUCGAGUUUACAGGGUCCGAGGACGGGAAGCUGCUUGCGUUGCGCUCGCUCAUCCAGGAAGGGGGGAUGAAGCCACCGGUGCUUUUGUUUGUGCAAUCGAUUGACCGCGCGCGCGAGCUGUUUCACGAGCUGGUGUACGAUGGAUUGCACGUGGAUGUGAUCCAUUCAGAGCGCCCAAAAAAACAGCGCGAGGCUGUGAUUGACGCGUUUAAGCGCGGGGAUAUUUGGAUUCUAAUCUGUACAGAGCUCAUGGCCCGCGGCAUCGAUUUCAAGGGCGUGAAUUUGGUCAUUAAUUACGACUUUCCGCAAACAGUGCAAAGCUAUAUUCACCGUAUUGGGCGAACAGGUCGUGCUGGAAAACAAGGGACUGCCAUCACCUACUUUAACAAGGAGGAUGCGCCGUAUUUAAAGUCCGUUGUGAAUGUCAUGCGGCAAUCGGGCUGCCAAGUACCAGAGUGGAUGCUAAAACUGCCCAAGCCGUCGCAGAUGCUGCGGAAAAGGCUCCGACAGGCACCCGUGGCGCGAAAGGAUGUGCGUGUUGCUGCGGGCACAAGCUCUAUAGGCCGGCGCAUGGCAAAUAAGAAGCGCGAGAUGGUGCAAGGCAGCAAGCGACGAAAAGAAAAAGCGAAACAAAGCGCUGAAAUUCCUUAG